AUGAAUGCAUUUUUUGAUGGAUAUGUGAACUCAAAGACAACUUUAAAGCAAUUUGUUGAACAAUAUGAUAAUGCUUUGAGAAGUAAGGUUAAGAAAGAGAUGAAAGCAGACUUUAAAUCUCGAAACAAAUUAUAUGGUUGCCUAACAAUAUAUGAGUUUGAGAAGCAAUUUCGUGCAGCCUACACGAAUGCAAAAUUUAAAGAAGUCCAAGUAGAAUUGAAGCGACUAUUGUAUUGUCGUGCAAAUCUUGUAAAAGAAGAGGGAUCAAUUUGUACUUAUCAUGUCAAGAAGGCUAUUCUUGUUGGUGAGAAAAUGAAGACAGUGGAAUUUGUUGCAUACUUUAAUGCUAGUGAAUGUGAAAUGCAAUGUAUGUGUCAGUGGUUUGAGUUUAGAGGCAUUAUGUGUGCCUAUGCAAUUACUGUGCUACUUGAGCGGUGCAUAUAUCAUGUUCCAGAUAAAUACAUUGUAUCAAGAUGA